CCGCUGUUCUCCAAGUACAAGGCGGCGGCGGCGGCGGCGGCGGCCGCGGGGGAGCCCCUGGGCGCCCCGUACUACGACUGCCGCUUCGCGCCCGAGCUGAGCGGCCGCCGCGCCGCCGCCGCGCUGCUCUACGUGCCCGGCGCGGCCGCCGCCGGUUUCCGCGGCGGCCCCAAGGUCAUGGCGGGCCCCGCUGCUCCUCCCGGGGGGUCCUCCGCGCCGUCCCCGGCGGAGCCGGUUCCGCAGCCCGGCGGCCCCGGGGGCGGCGGCGCCGCCGGCGACUUUUACCCGGCUGCCGGGGGGAGCCCCACGGCCGCCUACCAGCCGCCUCCUCCGCCCCCCGGCGCGCCUCCGCCUCCUGCCCCCUGCAGCGGGGUUACCUGUCACGGGGAGCCCGCUAAAUUUUACGGAUACGAUAACUUACAGAGACAGCAGAUUUUUACGACACAGCAAGAGGCCGAGCUGGUACAAUAUCCUGACUGUAAAUCGUCCAGUGCUAAUAUUGGCGAGGAACCAGACCACUUAAAUCAGAGCUCGUCUCCUGCUCAAAUGUUUCCCUGGAUGAGACCGCAAGCAGCGCCUGGUAGGAGGAGAGGAAGACAAACAUACAGCCGAUUCCAGACUUUAGAGCUGGAAAAGGAGUUCCUUUUUAACCCCUAUCUGACCAGGAAGAGACGCAUCGAAGUGUCCCACGCGCUAGGACUCACCGAAAGGCAGGUAAAGAUCUGGUUUCAGAACAGAAGGAUGAAAUGGAAAAAAGAGAACAACAAGGACAAAUUCCCCGCUUCCAGGCAGGAGGGAAAGGAAGGGGAGGCCAAAAAGGAAGCACAUGAUCUGGAAGAAGAAAGAGCCAAAGGCCAGACGAAUUAA